AGACAGUGCAAAAAUCUGUGUUACACAAACAGCAGAGCUGUUUUCUCCUGAUGCAGGAGAGGGCAUUGAACACAACAUAGUUUUCACACCUCCCACGGUGUGACCAUCAUCACCAUCAUCAUCAGUGCUCUGCUGCCCCGCCCAUUCUGAUCACCUUCAGUUUUACACAGCGCCCAGUCACAACAACAGUCGCCUCAAGGUGCUUUAUAUUGUAAGGUAGACCCUACAAUAAUACAUGCAGAGAAAACCCAACAAUCAUAUGACCCCCUAUGAGCAAGCACUUUGGCGACAGUGGGAAGGAAAAACUCCCUUUUAACAGGAAGAAACCUCCGGCAGAACCAGGCUCAAGGAAGGCAUGACCGGGAGCAGGCCUGGAACAGUGCAACUUCCUCUCACCUGUCUUUCAAAGAAACCUGAAGAGCGCCCCCUGCAGGCAAACAACUCAUUUUAAUUGAUCCUAAUAAUCAGUAAAUAUCAUGUUAUUGCAGUGAUUUCUGCACCGUCCACACCAAAUAUGAUGCAAAUCAUGUUCAGCAAAGCAUCUCCAUCCUCCGCUGUUCCACCCGCUCAGGUUCAGGUUCCAGAGUGGAAGUGCUGUGAUUGGUCAGAAUCAGCCCGAGAUACAUUCAUAAAACACACAGCCCCUGUCACAGGUGCUGUUGGUCUCCUGUCCUGUUUCUAUGGCAAUUUCUCCCAAUCAGCUGUUCGUCAAACGUUUUGAUGCUCUGGUGUAAUAAUGUGUGUGCAUCAUCAUCAUCAUCAUCAUCAUCAUCAUCAUUUGACGAUAGCCACCUGUGCUUUCAAGUUCAAGUUCACCUUUUAUUUGCUGUAUCCAGGUAACAUAGAAACAUCUGUCAAAUCAGCAUACACUGUCAGAUCGCCAUACCUGUAUCAUCAAAACGCCACAAUGAAAUUCUUCGGCUCAAAGCGCCUCAGUAUUGCACAUGAAGUAACACUUUGAGACAAGACAUAUAUUAAUAAACAUGUACAGCGUGCCCAGUGAUUGUGCAACAUAAACUAUCUGAUGUCUCAGCAGUUCAGCAGCCUGAUGGCUUGAGGGUGUCGCCAUAGGAACGGCGUCAGGCAAAACUACAAAAACUUGUCAGAAUUUCAAAGAGAAGAAGAAACAACAGGAGAAGAAAAGCAACGAGAUCAAAGAGAGAACGUCACAUUUAUGUUUCAGCCAAGCAGCUGACCCCACAGUUCCUCUGAUGUCCAGCAGAGGCAGCAGUAAGCCAUUCCCCACCCAUUCCCAUGUUAAAACAGCUGGUCAAGAUUAAAACAGGUGAUGUCACCGCGUGUGAGUCUGUGCUCCGAUGGGGUUCCUGAGAGUCACAGGUGUGACAGCAGCUUCUGGUUCUCCGUGGAUCCGAACCUCUGUGUGUCACAGAUUCAGGUGUGUGUGUCUGUGUGUGUCACAGGUUCAGGUGUGUGUGUGUGUGUGUGUGUGUGUGUCUGUGUGAGUGUAAACAUGUCUUACUGUUGGCUCUGUUAACUGAUAUCACGCCGCUCCUUCACCUGUAUCUGAGCUCCGCCCUCUACCUUAUACCUGAGACCCAGUCUUCCACACAAAGCACACCUCAGGAUGGCGAGCACAGCGGCUCAUCUUGCGAGGAGGAAGGCCCGGGUGGAGGAUGGCGCUGGCAGCCGGGCCAACGCGAUCCUCUUUAACCACCAGGACUUCGAGCAGCUGCGAUCCGAGUGCUUGCAGAUCGGCUCGCUGUUUUGUGACCCCACCUUCCCGGCAGACUGGAACUCUCUGGGAUACAACCAGCUGGGGCGCUACUCAUCCAAAACCGGUGGUGUGGAGUGGAAACGGCCGUGGGAGCUGUGUUCUGAUCCUUGCUUCCUCGCUGACGGAGCCAGAAGAACAGACGUCUGUCAGGGAGAGCUGGGUGACUGCUGGCUCCUGGCGGCCAUUGCCUCCCUGACUCUGGACCCUCAGAUCCUGAACAGAGUGGUCCCUCCUGGGCAGAGCUUCACCUCACAGUAUGCCGGCAUCUUCCACUUCCAGUUAUGGCAGUACGGGGAGUGGGUGGACGUAGUCGUGGACGACCGGCUGCCCACCAGAGACGGGAAACUGCUGUUCGUCCACUCAGCGGAGGGAGUGGAGUUCUGGAGUGCUCUGCUGGAGAAAGCCUACGCUAAAAUGAGCAGCUCUUACGAGGCCCUGAGCGGCGGCUCGAGCAUCGAGGGCUUCGAGGAUUUUACCGGCGGCAUCGCAGAGAGUUACGACCUGAAGGAAGCCCCGCCCUUCCUGUUCCACAUCGUCAGGAAAGCCCUGAAGCUUGGAUCGCUGCUCGGCUGCUCCAUCGAUAUUUCCAGCUUGUAUGAGACGGAGCUCAUCACGAGUCAGAAGCUGGUCAAAGGCCACGCCUACUCCAUCACAGCGGCCGAGCAGGUGCAUCAUUGUGGUUCUCUGGUGGAGCUUAUCCGGAUCAGGAACCCCUGGGGUCAGGUGGAGUGGACGGGCGCCUGGAGCGACAGCUCGAAGGAGUGGGAUGGCGUUUGGGCAGAGGAGAAGAGGCGGCUGGAUUGCUGCGCCGAGGACGGCGAGUUCUGGAUAUCCUAUCACGACUUCCUGAGUCACUUCUCCCGCCUCGACAUCUGUAACCUGACACCUGACACGCUGACCAGCAACGAGGUCGGCCGCUGGAACUUUGCCGAGUUUGAGGGCACGUGGAGGGUGGGAUCCACCGCUGGUGGCUGCAGGAACUACCCCGCCACCUUCUGCUCCAACCCACAGUUCUUCAUCCGGCUGGAUGAUGUGGACGACGAUCCUCACGAUGGCGAGGAAGGCUGCACCGUCCUUAUCGGUCUGAUGCAGAAAGACGCUCGAAGGGAGAGGCGCUUCGGACGCGACCUCAACACCAUCGGCUUCGCCAUCUACAAGGUCACUUCCUGUUUAGCUUUGCUGUGCAUCAACAAAGGUUUGGCAAGUCUCAUGGCUCUCUGUCGGUGUGCUUCCAGGUGCCCGAUCAGUCAGUACAAAGGUCGCACUAACGUCCGCCUGAGCCCGGACAUCCUCCUGAGAGACCAGUCAGUGGCUGGCAGUCACGCCUUCAUCAACCUGAGGGAGGUGUGCGAUCGCUUCAAAUUGCCACCCGGAGAGUACGCCAUCGUCCCGUCCACCUUUGAACCGCACUGCAAAGGAAGUUUCAUCCUGAGGGUGUUCACAGAGAAGGAGGCCCACACCAGCCCCAUGGAGGAGGACGCCAACGCUGAACUCCAGGAGCCCAACGUCAGACACGAGGACGUGGACCCUCACCUCAAACACCUCUUCAUGCAGAUCUGUGGAAACGACUCGGAGAUCUCCGCCUUUGAGCUCCAGCAGAUUUUGAACAAAGCGGUGACUCAGAGGUCGAACAUUAAAACCGAUGGCUUCAGCCUGCAAACCUGCCGUGACAUCAUCAGCCUGCUGGAUACUGACGGCAGCUCCAGACUGGGCCUGCUGGAGUUCCACAGCCUGUGGAUGAAGAUGCAGACGUACCUGGAGAUCUUUAAGAGUCACGACGCGGACGGGUCUGGCACGAUGAGCAGCCACGAGAUGAGAGCGGCUCUGGCUGAAGCCGGGUUCCAGCUGAACAGCACUGUGAUCCAAGAGAUCGUCGCUCGCUACGCCGACAGAAGCUACGCCAUCGACUUCGACCGUUUCAUCGGCUGCUUGAUCCGUCUGGAGAUACUCUUCAGGAUGUUCAGGACUCUGGAUAAGCAGCAGCGGGGCUGGAUCCAGCUCGACCUGCAGCAGUGGCUGUGCCUCGCCAUCAACUGACAGCUGCCGCUCCAGGAGCAUGCUGGGAGUCUGCGGGGAGCUCCUCAGACCUUAGUCUCUAAAUUGUUCUUGUUCUGGGUGGGGGUGUAGGUGGUGUGGGGGCGAGGUGAUGAAAACGGUCUUUCUUAGACACGACUAACCGAUCAUGGAAAAAUGAUUUAGGCAGCACUGUCUUUGGUAAGCUGAAGGCAUCGUAUCCAAAGCAGUGCUAGCAUCAUGCAGUAGCUGAACAGUUUAACGCGCACGUGUGUGUUCGAGGAUAAUGUUGGCAGAAAGUCUAAAUAGGCUCCAGCGAGCAUCGCGUACACGUUCACUGUAAAUGUUUGAAUCAAUUUCCUUGCAAGUAAGAUAAACACGUUGGAUUGGCUGCUGUGUCUCAGUUAUAACAGAUACCAUGGUUACCGUCCAAAGGACAGGAAGCCAAUGCUGCGGUCGCUGACUCUGAAACAGUCCAAAUAAAAUCUGAAGAAACGCU